AUGCAGCCGACGAGCUUCCUGACGCUCGCCUUUGCUGCACUGGCGGCAGCGGCUCCACCUCUCAACGAUGUGCUCAAGACGAACAGUGAUUCCUUGAGCACUCUCAACUCGCUCCUGGCAAAGGUUCCAGUCCUCAACCAGACUCUCAUAAAAGCCAAAGAAAUCACCAUCCUCGCCCCAUCAAAUGACGCCUUUGCCAAGAUGAUGCAGAUGGACCCCACGUUUGCGCAAAAGGCGACCAACGUAACCUUCCUCACCGACCUCCUGAGCUACCACGUCGCCAGCGGCAAGACCACGGCCGCCAUGUUCUAUGACCAGCCCAAAUUCGCCCAGACCCUCCUCCAGACGCCCACCGCCAACGUCACGGGCAACCAAAAGGUCGAGCUCGUCAGGAAGGGCGACCAGGGCAGGGUCUUUAGCGGCUACAAGCAGAUGAGCGUCAUCAACAAGGCCGACGUCGCCUUCCAGAACGGCGUGCUGCACAUCAUCGACACCGUCCUGACCGUCCCCGGUUCCCCCGCCGACACGGCCAUGAACACGGGUCUCACGAGCAUGGCGGGUGCGCUGGUCAAGGCCGGCCUCGUCGACGGGAUCAACUCGUUGCAGGUCGCCACCAUUUUCGCGCCGACGAAUGCCGCGUUCCAGGCGAUUGGCGCCACGGCGGCGUCGAUGGAGCCCGCGGACCUCGCUCGGAUCCUGCAGUACCACGUCCUCACGAACCAGGUCCGGUUCACCACGGGCGUCACGACAAAGAUGGGAUACAAGAGCCUGAUGGGCGAGAAGGUCACGCUGCGGAAGGAGGAUACCACCGUCUUUGCCAACUCUGCCAAGGUUACCAUCAAGGAUAUCAUCACCAGCGACGGGGUCAUGCACGUCGUGGACAGUGUCCUCAACCCGGCAUCACCCAAAUUGGCCCCGGGCACGUCGACGGCGGCCUUUCCCGGAGCCGUCCAAGCUGCCAAUGCCCCCUUCACCGACGGAGUCAAGCCGACUGCCAAUUUUACUCCGGCCGGGUCGAGUUCGAAGAGUUUUGACGUCUCCCUCAAGUUUGCUAUGUUUGGGUUCUUGGGCUGCCUUGCGAUGGUAUACCUGUAA